AUGUUGCCCUCCGCAUUGGCUCAAGAGUGUCAACCUGGAAGUUACAGCCAAACGGGCCAGGAACCAUGCACUUCGUGCACCGCCGGGGCGUACCAAGAUCAGGCCGGCUCGACCUUUUGCAUGGGCGCUGAUGCAGGCUACUAUGUCCCCAGCGACGCUGCGACAGCAGAGACCAUCUGUCCCGCGGGCUCGUACAGUUCGGACACCGGAAGCACUGAAUGUACCACAUGUCCUGCGGGCUCCUCCUGCCCCAGCGAAGGCGAGACCGCCCCUCAAUCGUGCGCGCCGGGCCAAUUCCAGGAUCAGACUGGAGCGACGAGCUGCAACGACUGUGCAGCGGGUUCGUUCAGCGACCGAUACGGCGCAACGUCGUGCUGCACCUGCUGCUCCGGCUUCUACCAGGAUCAGACGGGCCAGACGUCGUGCACGAUCUGGUACUCCGACCCCGGCGCGACCGACGUCGAGCAGUGCACUGCGCAAGCCGGCGCUGUCGCCACUUGCGACCAGGACACCUCCACCGGCACUUGCCCUGACCCUGCCACGCCCACCGGCGGAACGCGCAAGCGUGCCCCGCUUCGCCCUCGCACCGGCUCAUGCGCGCGGGGCCAGAGCUCGUGCCCGGUUUACAAGAAUGGGGCCGUGGCGAGAUACGAGUGCAUCAACACGUCGAUGAACCUCGAGCAGUGCGGAGGGUGCGUCACCAGCGGAGGCGGCCUCGACGGCGUGCGCUCGUUGGACGGUGGACGGGACUGCAGCGCGAUCCCGCAGGUGGACGAAGUGAGCUGCUUUAAGGGCGAAUGCCAUAUCAAAACUUGCCGCAAUGGCUAUGAGGUGUCGGCGGACGGCGAGCGCUGCCAAGCUGCGAAGGCCGUUGCGUCGCGCAAGCGCCGCGGCUCGCAGAUCCGCAGGAGGGGCCUCUAA